AUGAUUCUGAACAUGCUUGUUAGUUGUGAUAUAAAGCAUAUUGUUUCUGUAUCUGCGGUUGGUAAGCUCAUCAAAAACCUCAGUCCAGCACUUUCGUUGUAGGGAGGGUAAGGUCACUUUUAACUUUGAAUGCAUGCCCAGAGUAUGUUCGCAGCCUUUAAGACAUCCUUAGCGAGCUUGUUAGUGGAGAAUAUUACCGUUAGUGGACAGGUCCUAUUAUCCACUUGUUUCCCCAGUCGAACAACUUUAACAACAAUUUCCCCAGCUGCUCCCUCCUCUUUGAUCGAUACCAACAUCUCCACCACUUUUCUUUUGUCUUUCUCAAUCCUGUCAGGAAUCAUGUUUGAGUUUGAUUGACACACAUUAUGAAUAAUAAUGUUGCUGGCCCUCUCAGUCCAGUCAUUUGUCUCAGUAAGUAAGGUGGUUUGUGCUGUUCAAAUGAUAUUUUAACAGAAAUCAUUUCCGUUUUAAGCUCUGCAAAUGACGUAUGAAAGCAUGUUUGAUGGAUUUAAUAUCAUCUCCAAGACAUUUUAGUGAGGCCACGAGAUCAGGAACAACUCUGAUAAUCACCGCUUAAACCUCCUGAAUUUGUUCCUCCAGUAAAUUCACUCUAGUACCAAGCUCAAAUAACUUUUUGAUUUUGGGGGCACACUCCUUGCAAAUGUAUGGAAUGGACCUACUACUCUAGAGCUGAAAUGGCACCAACUUCACCGGAUCCUAUGUUUGAGCACUUCUUGCACCUAAUAAUUUUGCACCAAUCACAAGCGUAUCCGAAGAUAUUAUCUUCUGAAUUUUUUGGUGGAUCCUUAAAAGUGAAAGUCUUAGCAAGUUAUUGUAUUUAAAUUAAAUAUAGAAAAUUAAAAUUUAAUAAGAUUUAAAAUCGUAACUCAGAAUAUUAGUCGUAAAAAUAAAAAUAAAAUAAAAAUAACCUAAAGCUACAACUAAAUGUACACAUAUAAAUAUCAUAAAGCCUUAAAUAAUAUCCGCACAGCCCUAUAUAAACGGGAAAUACUGACGAGUAUGGGGAUUCCCCGAGAUUCUCGGAUAUUUCUACGGGCUAUAUUUUUCACGAAGUUUUAUGCAUUUGCUCGUGUAUUUGGUAUUGUAAAGCAUUAUUUGUGAGUUGAAAAUAAUUAAAAAAUAUGAGUGACAGUGAUUCUAGUAGUUCUAGUAGUAGUACAUCCAAGAGUAUAUCUCUUCCAGGACCUAGCAAGAAAAGAAAGGUUUAUAAGCAAAAUUUUAAAAAGGAAUGAAAAAAUAUACCGGGUUUGCAAUGGAUCGAGAACAGCAGAAAGGGGACAGGCUUUGCCUGGUAGGUAUUUAUGAUAUUUUAAGUUAAGGUACUUUCUGUAAAAAUAAGUGCAAUUUGGAUUUAUUGAGUACAAAAUCUAAAUUCACUUAUAAUAAUGUUAAAUCGAGAAUUAAAUGAUAAUAUGAGUUACUGAAUCGUAACUAAUUAAAAUUUGCUUUAAUGCGGAUAUAUAUAAUUUAAGGCGAACAAAACUUUUAUUUUAAUGGAGGUAAACGUUUUGUUUUUUAAAUUUAAGGUGCGAUUACUGUAAAUGUGAUGUUAAGGUAUCUGCAGGGAAAACCCAACUAGUAAAACAUUCUGAGACUGAAAAGCAUGUUAAAGCUUUGCAGAGAGCAUCAAUGGGCAAGCAAAGUCAAGUAAAAAUAAGUCAAAUGUUUGCAGAAAGUUCUAAAAAAAUAAGCAUUGAAGAAAAAGCGAAAGAAGGAAUUAUAAGAACUGCGGGGUUUCUAGCCGAACAUAAUCUCCCUAUGAAUUUGAUGGAGCAUUUCAUCGAUUAUCUCAAUGCUGUAGGCACUGAUUCAGAUAUUGUCAAACAAAUGAAAUGUAAACGAACAAAGAUGUCAAGAGUUUUACAAAAAGUUACAGGCUUGUCUCAAGAAUCUUGGCUACUUGGCCUAAUGAGGGAUAAUAAAUUUAGCAUUAUCAUAGAUGAGUCUACUGAUAACUCGUGCACCAAACAUUUAUGUUUAGUUGUAAGAAUGUGCAUUAAUUUUGACAUUGAAGACAACUUUUUGGCGUUAAUCCCAGUAGUAGAGACCACAGGGGCUGCACUUUAUGAAAUUUUAAUCAACUUCCUUACCGAAAAUGGUGUUUCAUAUAAGUCAAACUUUAUUGGCUUUGCUUCAGAUGGAGCGAGCAACAUGGUUGGCGUUAAUAAUUCUGCGGUCAGUCGAUUGCGAGAAAAUAUUCCAGGUAUAUUCAUAAUGAAAUGCAUAUGCCAUAGCUUUCAUUUGUGUGCAUCGUAUGCAUGCCACAAGUUGCCUGAGGAAGUGGAACAAUUUGCGAGAGAAGUAUAUAACUAUUUUUCAAAUAGUCCGAAGAGAGUGGAAGAAUAUAAGGAAUUCCAGGAAUUUGCAAAUGUCUCAAUAUCGAAGAUUUUACAUCCUAGCCAGACACGUUGGUUAUCUCUGGAAUGCGUGGUUAAAAGGCUUCUUAAUCAAUAUGAAGCUUUGAGGUUGUAUUUCGUAGAUCAGGCGUCUCUUAAAAUCAGUCAAGCAAAUAUUAUUUUAGAAAAACUAAACACGCCCGAAAAUAAAUUAUACUUAUCAUUUUUAUCGCAUGUACUACCUAUUUUUAAUAGCUUAAACAAAUUAAUGCAAAGCGAAUCGCCCAAAAUUCACGUUAUUUAUAAAGAGGUUGCUAGAACAGUUAAAACAAUUUUAGAUUAUUAUAUUAAGGACGAAUAUCUAAAUGCCAACAUUGAAAAUAUAGAUUUUAAAGACCCUAGACUUUUUUUAAAUUUAAAUGACAUGUACUUUUCUGCCCACAUAAACUCUGCCGAUCUGGAGAAAAACCGACUCGACAUGGUAAAAUUAAGAUGUCUAGACUUUUAUAUUGAGAGUGUGGAGCAAAUAUUGUCAAGAUUUCCACUUAAAAACUCUGUGUUUCAGAAAUUAGAAUUUCUAGAUCCUGAGGUAGUUAAAUCAAGAAAAAUCAGGUCUAUAAGUAAUGUUUCUAUGUUGUUUCAAAUUUAAUUCCUGCUGAUACGCAAGUUAUUGACAAUGAAUGGUUGUUACUUAGAAAUUAUGAAAUUAAUUUUACCUGGAAAGGUAUUUGCGAUUUUUGGGGUAAAAUUGCUAAGAUUAAAUGUGUGGAAAAUACAGAAUCCCGGUUUCCCAAUUUAAGUAAUUUUGUGUUUAAUUUAUUAACUUUGCCGCAUUCCAGUGCUAACGUAGAGAGGGUGUUUAGUCAGAUAAAUUUAAACAAAACAAAACAGAGAAAUCGGUUGAAAACUCCUAUGAUAGCUGCUAUACUGCACACCAAAAGUUUAGUGGGCAGAGAAAACCGUAUUUGUUCAAAUUUUCCAAUAGGAAAAGAUUUGCUUAAAAAAUUAAAUAAACAAAUUUAUGAUUCCGAUGAGUCAGAAUAAAAUAACGGAUAUUUCGGAUUUUUGUUUUUCAGUUAUUUACUUUAAG